AUGAAGGCCUUCAUUGUCGCCGCCCUCCUGGCCGUCGCUGCCGCCGACAAGCUGCCCGCUGCCUACAGGGCUCCGGCUGCCUACAGGGCCCCGGCUGCCUACGAGGCCCCGGCUGCCUACAAGGAGCCCGAGUACGAGCCGGCCCCGUACGCGUUCGACUACUCGGUCAGCGACUACGAGACGGGCUCCAAGUUUGCCGCCAACGAGAACAGCGACGGCAAGCAGACGUCCGGCUACUACACGGUGGCUCUGCCCGACGGCCGCAUCCAGACGGUCAAGUACACCGUCGACGACUACGCCGGCUACAACGCCGAGGUCACGUACGAGGGCGAGGCCCAGUACCCCGAGGAGCCCGUCUACAAGGCCGCUCCGGCUCCGGCUCCCGUCUACAAGGCUGCUCCCGUCUACAAGGAGCCUGAGCAGGAGCCCAUCUACGCCUACCGCCCCGUCCAGAAGUACAGCAACUAA